AUCCCACCGUUUAAUUCCAAACGAGCGACGGGGAUAAAGCCAACACACGCUUCCCGUUCCCUUCGUCUUCAACAUUUCGCCGUCUUCUCCUCCUCUCUCCAAAACCCAAAUCCCCCAAACCCCGCCUCGCCUCGCCUCGCCUCCCCCCACCCCCAAGCAAACCAAACCCAAGGACGCCGAGUCGCCGACGGCCAUGGCGCCCGCGGUGCUCGUCCCCAUCGACGACAGCAGCGACGGGGAGGCCGGUAGCGCCACGGUCGUCGACGUCCCCUCCCCCGCCCCCGCCCCCGCCAUGGACAUCGACGGCGACGACGACGGGCGCGACCGCGGAGGAGAAGGCGAUGGCGCUGCGGCGAGCGGAGGCGGCGUGGACCACCUCAGCGACCUCUCCAACGACAUCCUCGCCAAAAUUCUGGGCCAUCUCAGGGACAUCCGCAACGUCGCCACCACCGCCGUCCUCUCCAGGCGCUGGCUCGACCUCUGGACCCAUGUCGACAUCAUCGUCUUGCAGUAUGACGAGCCCCCCGACUCCAGAAUCGUGCAGGAAGUUCUCGCCGCCCACGCGAGGAAGGGUUCCACGGACACGCACAUCCGCCUGCUCGAGGUCACCUCCCUCAACAGCGCCACGGCGGACGCCACGGCCUCCUGGCUCCGCGUCGCCGAGCCCCGCCUCUCCGGCGAGCUCUUCUUCCGCAACAGGUCCUCGGUUCCGCUCGAAAUUCUCAACGAGGAGAUGGUCGUCGUGGAGCAGCUGGUCGACGAGUUUGGGGACUUGGUGGUGGACGAAUCGGGCGCCUUCGAGCUGCCCUGCUUCAUGAGGGUCACCAAGAUAACGCUGCACCUGGGGUUUCUCGGCCUAUCGCUGCCACCAUCGGGUGUCUUCGCCGAGCUCAGGGAGCUGCACCUGGUGCACGUCCAGUUCAAUGGCGAACUCACCAUGGAUGAUGUCAUGCUCCCCUCCUUGGAACGGCUAGAUAUUCGCCAUUCCAGUGGCUUGGCCUCCCUGACGCUCAGGCUGCCGCCUCUGACCCAGAUGACUCUGUACAAUGUGCGGUGGUUGCGUCGGCUCAACGCCGAGCUUCCGGGGCUCGAGGUGUUGUCUGUGAUCCGAUGCUUCCGCGUGCAUCUGGAGGGUGUGAGAAUUUUGGCAGAGGAGCUGGAGCAGCUGCGGUGGCUAGAUUUGUACUGGCCUGGAUUGGUCUACUUCAACCGGAUGCCGCGCCUGCGGACGUUGGUGCCCCCCGCUGUUUAUCCUUAUGGAUUGCAGAGGGUUUUGUUCAAUCGGAGCUGUCAGAUGCUUCUCAAUCUCUGUCCGAGCAUUUACCGUGUCGUGCUGAUGGUUGACAUUGAACCAGAGCAAGGUGGCCAUCAUGGCGUUAGGCCUUUAAUGGAAGGCAUUACCCAACUCCCUCACAUUAAGAUCUUGUCCUUGAAUUUACAAACACAAGGGCAUGCUUAUGGAGCUAGUGUGUUGCAUAUUCUGACAAUGUGCACUGGUAUAGCAAAGCUGUCCCUGAGAAACCAAGAAGAUUUCCAGGUUGAAAAUGCUUGUCCACCGAACUGCCUCUGUGACCGGCCACGAAACUGGAGAGAUAAGGACAUUUCAAUGAUGUCUCUAAGAGAAGUAGAGAUCCUCAACUUCAGAGGGAGGCAACAUGAGCUUGACCUUGUGAGGGUCUUAGUCCGGGUAGCACCAGCCCUUGACCUUGUAAGAAUAAUCUGUCACCCUUCGUCCACUGCUUUUGGGGUAGAGUCGCUACGUGCCUAUGUACGAAGUUUUGCAAGCUUUAGGACUUCUGUGGAAGUGAGUCGAAGUAACUGAAGCAAGAAGAGCUAUGCGACCGUAGCGAACUGAAGUAAGAAGAGCUCUACUGGCUACUGAUCUUUGAAACACCUGACAAGUUUUGAUCCUGCUAUGCUGUAGAGAAACAGAGAAACUAGCUGGCUGCAACGAACUUAGUUGCCACGCGUUGUUCAUUUGUCUUCAUAAGCAAAUUUACCAUUUGUUAGCAA